AUAGUGAAACACAAUAACAACAAAACGCGUAACAAAUAGUGAUUUAUUCAAUGAAUUAAGUGUUGAUAUAAUUGUGGGACAAAUGUAUUGAAGAGCGGAAGCGAUGGAUGAAUGCGAUUGCGAUGAACUGAUGGCCAGUAUUGGCCACAAAGUGCGACAAUUGGUGGCCGACGGCAGCGGACGGACCGCUCUGUUGGACGACUUGACUCUCAUUCACAACACAUAUAAGGCUAUCAUUGAGUGGAAAGUGAGAGAGAUUUGCAAAUUGAGACAUCGCUUGAGACAGUUGUCCGCCGAUCAGCACAUCCCAUACGACGACCACUCGGCUCAAGACGUGGCCAUCGAUGACAAGAACGCUAACAAUGGGGUCAUUUUGGCCAAUCAUCUGAUCCCUAAUAAUGGACAAGUGGACCAAAUGGAUGGCCACAACGAUAACCGAGUGAACAAUUGUACGAAUAGUAUGCACAGCAGGUGUACAAAUGCCGUGCAAUGCGUUCAGAUAUUGGCCGUCGAUAACACAGACAUCGAUUGCCCGAUUGAUCCCAACUCCGGCGGAAUGGAUUCGGAAGAUAUCGAGACCAAUAGCGAUGACAAUAAUUCCGUGUCCGACGCGUUCGCAGACAACGGUUACCCCAAGUGUUGCGAUACCGCGGAGUGCGUCGAGUUUGAGGCCAAAGCGGGCCAAAGGCACAGCCGAUCGCUGGUCUGGAAGUACUUUAAAUACGAUUCCGACACAAAUAUCACCCAUUGUUUGGUGAAAGAGUGCACAUCGAAGGGCAUCAAAGGGAAACUGGCCGGUAAUCUGAAGAGACAUUUACGCAAACAUCACAAACAGUUCCAACAGUUCACUAAAGCUGUCAACCGAUUGGAGAUGAAUAUCACUAUCAAUAAGAAAGUGUUGAACAAGUGUUCAAUGGAUUCGCGGACAACGAGUGUCGGCAAUGAGGGCAACGGAGAGCGCAGUUUUGAUUUGUUUGAAAUCAACGACUAUUUCAUCACAAACCCGAAGGACGACCCGAUGCCCAGCGAUACCGUAUACCCAAACCGGCGGACAACCGGUGGUCGUAAGUGCGAGUCCUCUGUCUGGAGGUUCUUUGCGUACGACUCGACCGAAAACAUCGCCUAUUGUUUGGUAACUAAUUGUAAAUCAAAGGGAAUUCGCGGCAAAUUAGCCGGAAAUCUACGCAAACAUCUGUUGACACAUAAGCGCGAGUUCGACGAACUCAUGGCCAGAGACGCCGGUUAUGAACAAAACGAGACGAUUGAACACAAAUGCAAUUUAAUUUCGUCCAAACAAUACAUUUAUAUUAAUUCAUAA